GAAGGCAUUUGUAAGGAGAUGCUCUAAUGACUUCCCAACCAGGUCUCACCAGUACUACCAUGUCACCAAUCCCCAAUGGCACUCUUCUCUUUAAUGAAAUUCCCGAAGGUUACCCAGAACCAGGGAAAACAACUGUUUACGACACGACGCAGACAAUCGAUCUCGGAAAUAUUCCUUUGAAUGGGGGAAUUUUGAUCAAGACCCUCGUGCUAUCGGUCGAUCCGUAUCUGCGAGGUAAGAUGCGUGAUCCUGCUAUAAAGUCGUAUUCCGCGCCAUUCCUAAUAGGCCAGCCACUGACAAACCAUGGAGUGGGCUUGGUAUUGCGCUCUGAGAAUCCGGAUAUCAAAGUUGGAGAACAUAUUACUGGAGUCAUCAGUUUCCAGCAAUACAGUGUCAUCACCGCCUUGAAGCUUUCCACAGUUAGUGUCAUAGCCAAGACGGAAGAAUCUAUCCCAUGGUCAGCGUAUAUCGGAGUGCUUGGCAUGCCAGGUAGGACAGCCUUUUACGCGUGGAGAGAAUACUCCAAAGCAAAGAAGGGCGAAGUCGCAUUCGUUAGUGCCGGAGCGGGUGCCGUCGGAAGUAUGGUCGUUCAACUCGCAAAGCUCGACGGGCUGAAAGUCAUCGCUUCUGCUGGUUCUGACGAAAAAGUCAAAUUCAUGGAACAACUCGGUGCUGAUGUCGCCUUUAACUACAAGAAAGUUGAUACUGUGUCUGUCCUGAAAAAGGAGGGCCCAAUUGACAUAUAUUGGGACAAUGUCGGUGGCGCGACUCUUGAUGCUGCGUUUGGCUCCGCUAACGUGCACGCUCGAUUCGUGGAAUGUGGUAUGAUAACCACGUACAAUUCCAAAGAGGGAUAUCCGUUCAAGAACAUAUUCGAGAUUGUCUCUAAGCGUAUCACCAUCAACGGUUUCAUUGUAUGGGACUGGACUGAUAAGUGGGAAGACGAGUUCUACCGUGUAGUUCCGAAGAAGAUUGCGUCAGGGGAGUUCAAGUAUUCCGAAGAUAUCACCAACGGGCUUGAGCAUGCUGGGGAGGCCAUCAGACGCAUCCAGACAGGACAGAAUAUCGCUAAAAGUGUCGUGCUGGUUGCUGAAGAUAAGCAAUAAGUAAACAGACUUACUAUUAUUAGUAUGAUUUGCGAUGUCAACUACUAUACUGUACGUACUUUCGUCUCUCAAAAUAAAGGAUGUAACGCGUAACGGAGGUUGGAGAGCG